AAAAGAGUCUCGCCGGCGUCCCCGCCCGCACACUGACUCGCGCACACUCGCGCUCGGGCGCACACGGAGCAGGCACCGGCGCCCGGAGCGAGCCAGCGAGCGGCGAGCCGGGGCGGGGGACCCCACCCGGCAGAUCCAGCCGAGCAGCCCGAGGACCCGGCCCGCGACGAUCCACGCCCCCCAGCCCCUCAGCCGCUCCCCCGCCGGCCCGUGUCCCCACCGCCCUCCCUGACCGAUGGCGCUGAAGCGGAUUCAGAAAGAAUUAAGUGAUCUACAACGCGAUCCACCUGCUCACUGUUCAGCUGGACCCGUGGGAGAUGACUUGUUCCACUGGCAAGCAACUAUUAUGGGGCCUCCUGAUAGCGCAUAUCAAGGUGGAGUCUUCUUUCUCACUGUACAUUUUCCGACAGACUAUCCUUUUAAACCACCAAAGAUUGCUUUCACAACAAAAAUUUACCAUCCAAAUAUAAACAGUAAUGGAAGCAUUUGUCUUGACAUCCUGAGGUCUCAGUGGUCACCAGCCUUGACUGUAUCAAAAGUUUUAUUAUCCAUAUGUUCUCUUCUUUGUGAUCCUAACCCAGAUGACCCCUUAGUACCAGAUAUUGCACAGAUCUAUAAAUCAGACAAAGAAAAAUACAACAGACACGCGAGAGAAUGGACUCAGAAAUAUGCAAUGUAAAAUUUAAAAAAACUUUCACUUAUACCAGAGUACUGUAAAAUCUAGGUGUUUUUUUCAACAUUAGCAGUAAAUUGAGCACUGUUUACUGUUUCAUUGUACCAUGAAACCUUUUGAUUUUUACCCAUUUUAAAUGUGUUUCUGAAGCAAGACAAAACAAACUUCCAAAAAUACCCUUAAGACUGUGAUGGGAGCAUUUAUCAUUCUGUAUGCAUUGAGAAAGACAUUUAUUAUGGUUUUUAAGAUACUCGGACAUCUGCAUCUUCAGCUUUCAAGAUCUACAAUGCAGCUGAGAAGCAACCAAAUUAUUUUUUGCUGAAACUAGAUGUUUUUACAUGAGAAAUACUGUAUGUGUUGUCACUUUUAUAAAUCUGUAUUCAGAUUUCAUUAUUUGUUAGCUCACUUUAUAAGUUGUAUUUUUUUACUGUAUAGACUAAAUGUAUUCUAUUUACCUGUAUGUCACCUCAUGACUUUUUUCCUGUGAACAGUAUUGAAAACUCGACAGCUCAUAAUGAAAAGAAUGAACUGUGUUCCCUUCUUAGGAUAUUCCGUAGAUUGAUUGCAGAUUUCUUAAACUCAAAAUGAUCUUUACACUGUAAUUCUCAGUAUUCUGAUGAUGGAAAAACAUUUGUUUUGAUUUUUUUGUUGUUGCUGUUAUACUUGACUUAACAUUAUUGCAAUGUGAAUUAAUUGCACUGCUAAGUAGGAAGAUGUGUAACUUUUAUUUGUUGCUCUUCACAUUUGAAUUUUUUUCUGUAUAGGCAAUAUUAUAUUGACACCUUUUACAGAUCUUACUGUAGCUUUUUCCAUAUAAAUAAAAUGCUUUUUCUACUAUUUGUCUUGAUUACUUAAAAAGCAAAAAAGCUAUAUGU